AGCUGGUCAAAGCACACUCUAGAACAUUUUCCAUACUCUAUACAACAAUUCUUUACACAACAUACCGCUCCAAUGGAAAGUAAACCUGCUUUAAAACAGAGAGUUGAAGAAGAAUAUAACAAGUUUAAAAGUAUGUAUUUAAAUUAGAACUAUACCUAAUUAACAUAGUGCGUUUGCACUGGUCAAUAUUGCAUUAACAAUUCUGUACCAGGGGCCGAUUGGUCAAAAGCCAUUUAGCUUAAUCUUAGGUUAACGCAAAUUUCAAAGGAAUCUUCCCAACAGCCUGUUUAGAAUCAUGAAGAUAGUUUUCCAAAAUUCAUAUCUGGAUCAAUAGAAGUUUCCAAUAGUUUUCAGAUUCCACAAUAAUUUAACACGGUAUUUUCGGACGAUGGUUUACAUUUUAUUCUAAUGAGCCAAGACCGUGAUAAUAUACUCCCUUAUUUCAUGUUGACAACAAGUGUUUUCCUUCCUUAGACAUGAAAUCGCAGGCUGAAGUUUUAAAUUAUUUUGGCGAGGCAAAUUCUCCCAACAUUUUUGUUUGGUAAGUUCCAAGUCAUCAUGUGACAACGUUUUUGACCAUUUAUCAGCAGGACAAUUUAGGGGUUGUGUACAUGAGGUCUGGUUCUCUUAGUAAAGGGCUGGUUCUCUUAGCCAAGAUCCGGUAUGCUAUUUGAAUUCCCUAUUAAAAAUGGUUUUCGUUUAUAUGAGAGGAGGGCGAGCCCUUGUGGGCUAGCCGCUAGGUAUCGUUAUUGAGAACCCGAAAUCGCCACUAAUAGGUAGCGCUGGAUAUUUGCCAAAUGCAAAUGGAAGCUUGGCCCUCCUAGUAUAGGGCUAUGCAAAAACCCCGCCGUAUAUCCGUUUCAAACUCAGCUUCGAAGUUCGAAAAUUUGUCUGGCAUAAUAUGAUUUUGGUUUUCACUAUUUUUGGUGUAACGUUGUCUUUAAAAAUUGCGACUUUUGUGGCGAAAUGGUGCAAACCUGCAUUGAACGGCAUGCACGCAGAAGUAGUUAAUUCACAUUGAAAAUAUCAUUUCGACUUAAAAUAUUGAUUGCUUGUUGUUCUGUAAUUAUAGUAUCAUAUGGAAGUGUCUUUUGGAAACUGGGCGUGUAAAUCAAAUUUGUCUCCAGUAAGUUUCAAUUAAGUUUUUGUUUAUAUAGUUAGUUAAAAUAGUAAUACAGUUGAUGGUUUUGCACGUAUUUUUGGCCUCCUCACAACUAAAUUUAACCUGAGUGCAAUCCGACUUGGACUAAAAAUAUAUUUCCCGUUAACAUCAACUUUCUUGUUACAAUUAAUUUGUGUCCAUGUCCCUACACUUUCCUUUAGCUUGUGUAACAUGACUUAUACACGCAAAAACACAGAAGUUUCUUUUUCAUGACUGCAUGCAGACAUGCAUACAGGGUGAAAGAUUCACUGUACAUGAUCGGAGUCAAAUUUCUCAUCAAAAUAACAGGAUUAACGAGUGAAGUUAUGUAUAUAUACUCGCUUUCGUUCAACACAUGACAUGGUACAAUGAGAAGAUAGAGGAAAGUUAUAAUAUACAUUACCAUACACUAGCUUAUACAUGACAAUAACAAAUGAACAAAUUCACACUAAAGACCCUGAUUCAAAACGCUGAGUGCUUUAAUGACUCCAUGGCCAUAUAUGCAGACAUGCUAAAAGGAAGACUCCUCUGCAGAAAUUCCUAUGGAUCCCAAAAAGUCGGAAAAUUGCUGUCCUGCAUUCAAUGCAUGUUUUGGGAGAUCGCGAACAUUUUAGCGCGUCCCUUUAUAUGCGUCCCAAAAAUAUCCUGCAGUCAUGAAAAAAUGAACCUACUGCAUGGUGGAGGUGAUAAACUUUCUUGAUUUCUUGUGUGCAAUUUUAGAGUCUUGGUAAAGCUCGGAGCGCGGGCAUUGAGCAAACAGAUUCGAGUAUUUGCUGAUUUCGUGAUUCAUGAUUAUUCUUUAUUGUCAAAUGGUUCUUCUGAAGAUCACACGAAGGUUUGAAUUAUUCCUGCUUACUUUAAUCUUUUGUUUAUUUGUCUGUUUGCCUUGUUUUUAUUAUUAUUAUUAAAACUUUAUUUAUACAGGAUAAAAACCGUAUUCAGUAUAACUAAAUACUGCUAUCACUAAGGGUCCUGUAACUAAUACUAAGUUUAUCAAUCUAAAUAUAAAAAUAUGCUAUACAUACAAUACUAAACACACAAUGAUACUUAAUGUCUAAAAACUGUUCAUAGAGCACUUUUAAAAUGUACAAUGGAGUUUAUCUGGCGAACAUGUAAAGGCAGUUUAUUAAAAGCCAAUAGCUCCUUGGGAAUAAAAGCCUUUCCUGGCAACUUUUUCUUCCACUAAACUGAAACACCCCUAUUGAUACUUGGUAGAUCUAUCACUUUAACAUGGGCGUCAAUCCUGGGGGGGGGGGAUUGGGGGGACGCGUCGCCCCCCAGUUUUUGAAGUGGGGGACGAAUAUCUAAUUACCCCCCUCCUCCCCACACACGCACACUUCUUGACAUGUUUAAUGAAAUUUUGUUUCUUGGUUAUCUAAAAACCUAAUGCAUGGUAUGCUAUUCAUCAAACAUUGUGAUUGGAAGGAAGACAUUUAAUAAGAAAAAGUACAACGUAUGAUCUUUCUGUAGUCGCUGGGAGCAAAUACUGACAUCGCAUAUAUUAUGUAAAAUUGUAAAUACUUAAAAAUAAUUGCGUUUUAACUGAGCUUCCCUUACAUAGAUGAUUAUCAUCAAAAUGGUUAAUUUAUUAGAUUAUUAGCAUUAAAAUAAGGGUGAGGACAUGUUAGGCUUCGUCGAGAAUAACGUCUGUUCACAGGCUAGGACAUGUUGGUUUUUAGCGGAUUUCUCACAUGGUUAAACAUGGAUUUAAGAUCAUGCACAUUGUAGUAUAACUUUAUAAGUGCCUCCACAACGCUGGGAAUGCCGUUUCAGUGUAGCAAAAUUUAGAAAAAAAAUUCGGGUAGGAUACCUCUGGACCUCCUAGUUUGGAGUCCCCCCCCCCCCACUUUUUGGGAUAGAUUGACGCCCUUGCACUUUAAAUUGUUCUCUCUAGAUGACUAUAGUUAUACGACUGUCCCCUACCCUACCCUACCUAAAUAACUGUUGUCUCAAUUGCCAUGAUUUUAUUUAUGUACUUUUUUCUGUAUUUUAUCAGCGCAUAACUUGUCUCCAUGAUAUGGUCUGGAAAUAUCACAUCAUUAGCAUUGACAGACUUGUCUUAUGUUUGGUAAGAUCAAUAUAGAAUUUUAUUUUUUCUUUGUGUAAAGGUCCAUACAGACAGAGCGCGAUUCGACAACGUGACGCGAAUUUUAAUAACAAAUAAAACGGUCAAUGGAUAAAAAUGUUACAAAAUAUGCAGACCAAAUAGCUAAAAUUGCUUAAGUGGUUCCGAAUUAUGUUUUUUCCCACAAAAUUUAUUUUAGGCUUUUGUAGGGUAAACUCAUUUUCGUUGCUGCGUAAAUUAUAAUUAGUGUUAUUUUUAAUUUUAAACGAGUUCAUCAAAUUCUUUGGUAAUUCAUUUCUCUUCGCUUUGUACAUAAAUACUAAACUAUUUUUUACCAAUGAUCAACUGGGGGCUUCCAAUUUAGUUCCCUCAAAAUUUCGUUUGAAGGUUUCUCGUAUGAUCUCCAGUUAUGACCCUUGCUGCCCUGCUUUGCAUUUUUUGCAACUUACUGAUCAGCUGAUCACUACAGUUGCUCCAUACAAGGCUGCAAUAGUCAAAGUAUGGCAGUACUAACGCAUUGUACACCAUAAUCAAUAAUUAUGCCCAAUGACUUCGCAUGAUUAACCCGCUUAAUUUUUGUAUCCCCAAUUUCUAAGAUUGGGUCUGUUUCAAUAGCCGAUAAUCUCUGGUGUGAACCAAUUAUCAUAUAUUCUGUUUUAUCUUUGUUUAAUGUCAAUUUAUUGGCCAACAACCAGUUGUGCAUAAGCUCUAGCUAGGUCAAAAUUUAAUCGCCGUUGUAGUUCUUCUUUAUUCGAGCUCGCAUGGUUAGAUUUGUGUCGUUCGCUCUAGUCCCCGAGCCGACGGCGCGAAACGCCGUGCGAGGGUACUAAUUCCACCCGGCUAUUUACACCCGGGGAAAGGGAAGUAUUAGCCAAGUCUAAAGUUCAUCAAUGAGCGCGGGCGUCGUUCACCAACCGUGGGUGGUCAUCCUCACUGAUCUCAAAAAUAUGGCUGUUUGCCAGGAGUGGGAUAUAAAGCAAGAUUUCAAUUUUCAAAAGCAUAUAUUUGGAAAAUCACGUUUCACACAAUGAGCUUUGAAGCAAUUUUUGUUUGAAGAAAUGAGAAGAAUUAAUUGAUUUACUGUGGAAAAUCUUGGAAUAUAGGGCACUAAGUUUGCUUUGAAUGUUUAAUGUUUAUGAAUUUUUCCUUUUCAAUGAAGCUGUAUUAAAGUUUACUAAAUUACCCUGUUUAAUUUAAGAUUAAAAGGUAAAAUGUAAAGGAGAGCAAAUUCAUUUUAAAACCGAACUGAAAUUACUCAACAAUUUGAAAUUAUUUUGUUUUAUAAACUAUAUAAAAACCCGUACAGUUUUAUAUCGGAAAAAGCAGUUUAUAGUUUAAUAUUAAAAUGAACAUUUCAAAACAUUUUACGAAGCGAUUCACGUUAAAUUUUACAUUAUAUCAAAGCUCACAAAAUGCAGAACAACAUACCUACAGUACAUAUUUCGGAAAUUCAUUGUUUUAUAGUUAAAAGCAAUAAUCUUUCAACUAUUUUUGGCGUGUUGUACAAAAAAUAAUAAAAAUUAAAUUUAUCGUAUCGUGUUGCCAUGGCAACACUGACGUAAACGCGAGCCUGCGUUCAGUCACAGGUUCAGUGUUAAUCAAUUACCAAUACUUCACGUUAAAUCAAUGUUUGGAAAAUACAUGCGAGGGGUUGCUGCAUGCAUGUAUUUCUAGUAUAUUUUAAACAAUUAGCCAAAUCGUUAAUGUUACUAUAGUCCGACUAUAGCACCUGAUGUUGAAUAAAAUUAUCAUAUAUUUGAAACAAACGUCACAUUAUACAAAUCUUACGUUAAAAUUAUCAAACUUUACUUUUAGAACCGUUUGGUUCUACGACUAAACAAAAACUAAACAAACAACAUGGCCGCCCUAUUUGCCAUGCCAAAAAUGCGUCCACUGCGCAUGCGCAAGGCGGGAAAAUCCAUACGGUAGCUACACCGGCCCCUAAAUGGGCAUAUACUAAUAGUCCAUUUACUAACUCCAUGAAGGCUACCGUUCUUAACCUCUAACACAAAUAUAAUAUAAAUUGUCAAAUUUUGUUUAGUUCAACAUGCUCAUUCAUAGUCCUAGCCAGGUUACUCUCCGUCCAUUUCAAGCAAACACAACUUUGCCACAGGCCGUGUUAGUAUCGUCGUAUUGAUCUUGUUCUCUCCCUUUCUUCGGUGUUUCGCUCGGGUUGAUACCGUCGAACUGGUCUUUACUUUCACUGUGCGUACAUAACCGUCUUUACUCGGCAUAACUUCCGUCACCAUUGCCAAUGGCCAUUGUCCUCUUGGGUAGUUUUCAUCUGCUAUGAGUACCAAAUCUCCUAUCUUUAAGUUUCUUCUUGGGAUGUUCCACUUUUUUCUCUCCAGUAAGCUUGGUAAAUAUUAUCUUAUCCAUCUACGCCAGAAUACAUUAGCAAGAUACUGUGCCUGUCUCCAACUUUUUCUGCAACUCGAGACAUCUUUGUCGAAUAUGCCUGGAGGUAAACUCUGGAGGUAAACCAACAUUCGCUGUUGUCUCGACUUCAGUAUCGACCACGACUGAGCUCUUCUUUAGCUUCACCUUGGCUCGAAGACAUUCUUUACAGCGUAAUAACCAUGCAACCGAGCAUUUCAACUUCCACCAGCUGGAGUGAUGUGAGAUCAACUUCUCCAAGACGAUACAUCGUACUGUGGUUGCGCAAAUCUGAGCUUCCUUUCUCACUUCGGGGUCAUCAGACUUCAAAACCGGGACUUGGACCAUCGUAGGCCAGUGUAUUUCGUCCUUCAAAAGAAACUCUGGACCAUUUAGCCACCGAUCAUUAGAUAUCAUGGCGUCCAAUUUAACUCCCGUGGAACCGUCGUCGGCAGGGUUGUCAUCUCGGUUCACAUACAUCCACUGGGAGGGAUCAGAGCCACUACGGAUUACUGUUAGGCGGUUGGAUACAAAGGUGUGGAAUCUCUUGCUUUCGUUGUUAAUGCACUUCAGGACAGACAUCGAAUCUGUCCAGUAGUAAAUUCUUUCUAUCUCCAGGUCCAACUCUUCUUGUAUGAUCUUGGAAAGUCUCACGGAGAUAACUGCAGCGGUUAGUUCCAAUCUUGGAAUUGAAAUCUCUCGUAAGGGAGCAAGCCUAGCCUUUCCCAUAACAAACGCGCAAUGAAUCUGUUCAUUGGUAUCUUCUAAACGGAGGUAUGCAACUGCCGAGUAGCCAAGUCGCGAGGCGUCUGAGAAGAGGUGUAUCUGUAUUUCCUUGACGACGCCAAAUCCAACGGGUUUGAAACAGCGAUCUACACGUAUUGCUUGUAACUUUGGAAGGUCAGCCAACCAUCGUUUCCAUUGCGCCUUCUCGUUUUCUUGAAGUGGAUCGUCCCAUCCAACUCCCUUUCUACAUAACAUCUGUAGCAACAACUUAGCUUUCAUUGCGUAGGGUGCAAUAAACCCCAAAGGAUCGAAGAGUGAAUAAACAGCUGAUACGAUCGCUCGCCGAGUGACCGAAGCUUCGUUUACUAAUUGCAACAUUUUCUCCGAGACAUCCCACUCAAAUUUAUCUUCUUCGGUAUUCCACUUGAUGCCAAUAGCGCUUUCGGUAGGCAGCCGGUUCAAUUCUAAAUCUUUCACAGAUUUGGCUCUUUCUGUUUCGGGAAUCGUUUCCAUCACCUCUCUGCUAUUACUGUACCAGUUUGUGAGACGGAAACCGCCCUUUUCGAGUAGAUGGCGCAGUUGAAUCACUAAGCCUAUUGCCUCGCUUGUUUCCUUCGAUAUUUCAUCAAAUCGUCGACAUACAUAUUACGUUUCACCGUCUCUAUAGCCACAGGGUUAAAUUCAUCUUGAUGUAACUCUGCUGUUUUACGCAAGCAGAAAUUAGCAACACUAGGCGAAGACGUAGCCCCGAAUAGGUGUCUUGUCAUUCUAUAUUCCUCCAUCUCGCCAGAAAGAUCUUCGCUCGGCCCUUCGGAUCUUCGAACAUUGCUUCUAAAUCUGCAACCAUUGCAACAGAUUCUUCUCGGAAUCGGAUAAGCACGCCAGUCAGUUGAUUUGUUUGAUCUGGACCUUGCAAGAGCUGUUGAUUCAACGACGUUCGCCCAUAACUUGCUGCACAAUCAUAUACCACUCGAACCUUUUCGGGCUUCAGGGGAUGCGUAACCGGGUGAUGCGGGAGGUACCAGAUUGGUCUGUUCUCCGUGUCCAAUUGCUCUUUAGGGAUUUUCUCAGCGUAACCCUUUUCUAGGUACUCAUUCAACGUUGUCCGAUACCUUUUCAACAGUUCGUCAUCGCGGAGGAGGCGUUUUUCAGAAGCAAACCCCGUCUUUCUGCUACCAUCUUGUUAUUGGGCAAAUAUGGUGGAUUAUUUCGCCAUGGCAGAGCAACUUGAAAAUGACCGUCCACUAUCUUCAGUGUUUUUUCCAUUAUUUGUAGCGCUUUCUUAUCUUCCACCGACGGGCACACUUUGGUUUCGACCAGAGAACCUUCAAAGUCUGUUUUCCACAGCCUUUCUAAUUGGUGUUUUAGAUCUUCAUCCGUGUUUUCACGAUCAACUUGAACACGUUCAACUUCUUUAACUUCUCCAGUUCUAUCCUUCAUUACAUGCUCACUUUCUUCCAUGGCACGGUCUUCUGUGAGAAACUCACUCGCUUCCUUCAGACUUUCAAACGUGCGAUCUUCAGUUGAAAGAUCAUCAGCGUUGACAGACAUUCCAGCAAAAUUGGAUGUCGCACACAUGCCAUCCAUUUUUUCACCAACGGGCCCAAUCACCGUCCAAACCAAACUGUAUCUGAUUGCCACAGGAUCCCUUUCUUCUCCAGAUCGAUAUUCCAAAGGCAAAAACAUGGAAGGGUUCUCUUGAAGUCCAAUGACCAACAUAACAUCUCUAGUUUCCAACUCUUGUAAUGGCAGAUCACGUAAAUGAGACCAACUUCGAACGUCUCCUUUCUUUGCAAUGCAGGCUUCCGAGAUCGGCAUUUGAUUGACAGUUCUAACGUUUGACAACUCGAUCAGUAUCUCACCAUCCAGUGAGGCCACCUCAAUGUCUAUCAAUUCACUUCUUACUUUGGUCGAUCCGGUCAUGCCUGACAAUGUGAAGUCCAGCUUCCUUCCGCUUGCUGCAAGUUGUUUCUUCAAACGUUCAUGGCAAAGCGUAACUUCAGAUCCACUGUCUAAGAGUGCAUAAGCUCCAAUGGCGGGUUGAUUACUUCCCUUUGCUCGUACUUUAAGAGGAACAACACUUAAGCACACUCGUUCGCCGGCCCCAGUUGCGACUGUUACUUUCACUUCUUGUUCUCUUGUUCCGCCAGUUGUUUCAAUUGGGUCUGGAGGUUUCUGGUCUUCCUUUUUUUCCUUAACAGCAGCUUCAGGUUGCGGUGGGUGUAACAAUGUGUUAUGUCCUUCACUGCAUCCUUCUACCAGACAUUUAAAAUGAAUGUUAGGACAUUUUCUUGCGUAAUGGCCUUCACUGAGACACUUAAGACAAAGUUCUCGUUGUUGCACAACUUUCUUCUUCUCUUGAUAGGAAAGUUUCUUGAACUUAUCGCAUCUCCAAAUUCUAUGGUUGCCAGAACAUAUCGUGCAUCGUAUCGAAUUCCCACUUCCGUUCUUAUGACUCUGUCGAUUAUCCAAGGCGGAUGCAAAUAAAGAUGAUCUUCGGGAGGGUUCUCUCGGUCCAUCUUUUCUCCUCACAUUUUCCUUCUGUUUAACAAGACUCGCACAAAGCUCUUCCCCAAACUCAUUGUUUACAAGCGUUGCUCUUUUCUUCACGAAGUGGAGGAAAUCUUUAAACUUGGGUCUAGAGCCAGAUUCAAUCGUCGUACCGGCACGCUCUGUCCAUUUUACUCGCAGGAAUAAUGGCAGCUUCCGAGUUAACUCUCGCAAGGUGUUGACAUGAUUCAACUCACUUUCAUAUUCAGGCCCCAUACUUGUCAACGUUCUAUCUGCAACCUCUAAGUGCCUGGAAAACUCCAGCAAACUUGCUCCAUUGGCUUGUUUCAGUGGUGGUAAGUUCUGCAACUUGUUAAUAUGUGCUUGUGCUAUUAUGUGCGGUUUCCCAAAGUUCUCAUACAGCGUUUUCUUUGCAGUUGUAUGUCCUUCUUCAGCUGGUAAGUUUACACAACUUUCAAUUGCAUCACGGGCUUUAUUAUUGCAGUGUUGAAUCAAGAGUUGCAAACGAGUGGAAUUAUCAGGGUUGUCCUUUUCUAGGCAUGUUUCAAAAUUAUGCAUGAAGGAAGCAUAAUUUAUUGCUUCACCGUCAAAGUGCAUGUACUUAAUUUUUGGCAUAGACACGACUUGUCGCAGUGCUCUCACCAUCUCUUCCCCUGUACCUAUUUCUUUAACUGCGGGUUGUUGGACCUUCCCUUCGGGUAAAUAUGUUCUAGGAAUCUGCGAUAAAGGUAUAUUAGGUGACUGUAGGGGUUGUUCGUACUGAAUAUACGUCUGGGUGGGUUGCAAUGGCAUAUUACACUGUUCGACUUGCCUUUCGGGCGAAUAUACCUUAGAAACUUGGGGUGAAGAUAUAUUAGUCCCUUGUACUAAUUGCUCUUGUGGUACAUACGGUUGUGAAAGGGGUGAUAGUCCUUGCCCUUGUUGAUUCAUUGAGAGUGUGUUUUUGUUAACAUUUUCAUGCUCAGAAUUGUUAUCUGAUUCUUUCUCAUAAACAUUCAAACUUACGAUUGCUCGUUCCUCUUCCAUUCGGGCUUCCAUAUAUUCUUUCUCGAAAUUCAACUCUGUCAUUCUUCGUUCGAGUUCGUGCUGUUUCAGUAGUUGGCUUCAACUGAGCGAGCGCUAACUGUUCUUUCCUUUUUGACACAGUUGAAAAUUUUGAACUGUGACUUGACUUACUUGCCAAACUUCGUCUUGAUUUUCCCGAGAAUGAACUAGCAUCUUCUCCCUUUUGUGUUGACGCUAGCAUUAGUCUCCUUCGUAAAGACAUCACCAUUUCAUCCAAAUGCAUUUUUUUAGUCAUCAGUUCUUUAUAACUUCGACUUUCAAUAUCCUUUUCCUCUUUGCUCACGAGUAACUCCAUGUAUUGUUCGUGCUUGCUGACAAAUUCUCUCCAACAUUCAUCGUAAUGCUCUUUCUUUGUCUUGAUAUUAUCCACUGGUUCACCAGCAUAAAUUGCCUCCUGUAUCCAUCCUUUCGUCUCUGUGAGGGUGUUCAUUAAGUGUAUAUGAGUCUUAAACAAAGCAUUUAUCUUCUCCUUUUCCAUUUCUUCUUUUUCUAACCGAACACCUCUCCAUGUUCCUUCAAUGCAUCUUUGUCCAGGCUCGGACCUGGCUGGGUUAACCUCAGUUGGUUCCUUCUGAAGUGCUGUCGGACACGAUCGCACAGACAUUACUGUUGAUCAUCCAGUAUGAGUUAUAACACAAAUGUACCCAGAAAAUAUUUUCCUGAAUAAAAUUAACAACUUAUAUUCCCUGACAAUAAAUAUAGUCCAAACUCACCGUCCUCGACAAUAUCUAUACUCCAAUAUUCUGUUCAAACAAGAAUACCAUGUAUAAUACAAAUACACUGUCCCAGACGAUGUAAAUUAUCCUUCAAGUGAAAUAUAUAACUUCAGGUGAAAUUUAAUCCAAAAUACUCGUUCCUAACGAGAAGAUAUACGUCUUUGAUGAUAAAUAUACUUUACAAUAACCAGAUCUUGAGUAAAUAUAGUCAGAUAUAACCGUUCUAACGAUAAAAUAUAGUUCCAAGGCACCGUCCCUGACGAUAAAAUAUACUUGAAUAUAAACCAGAUCUUGAAGUGAAAUAUAAUCCAAAAUAACCCGUUCCUAACGAGAAAACACAGUUCAAAUGCACCGUCCCUAACCAUAUAAAUAUACUCGAAAUACACCGUCUUUGCCGAGAAAAUAUACUCAAACUAACCCGUUCCUAACGAGAAGAUACCGUAUAAUUCAAAUUCUCCGACUCUGACGAUCAAUAUACACUUAAACUAACCAGAAAUACAAUCCAAUAAACUUGUACUUGCCACAAAUGUACACUCCAAAUAAACUAGUCCAAAUAUCGAUCCAAACUCGUAGAAAUAUGGUUCUAAACUUUUACUAUAGUCCGACUAUAGCACCUGAUGUUGAAUAAAAUUAUCAUAUAUUUGAAACAAACGUCACAUUAUACAAAUCUUACGUUAAAAUUAUCAAACUUUACUUUUAGAACCGUUUGGUUCUACGACUAAACAAAAACUAAACAAACAACAUGGCCGCCCUAGUUGCAAUGCCAAAAAUGCGUCCACUGCGCAUGCGCAAGGCGGGAAAUUCCAUACGGUAGCUACAGUUAAUAUAAAGAAGGAAUAGCAGAGGACCCAGGUUUGACCCCUGGAAUACUCCACUACGAUUUUUUUUGCGGCUGCGCAUUGUUUUUCAAAAAUUGAAUUUUUUAAUGACAUCGCAACUGACAUUCUUUAUUUAGUUCAUAUUCCCUCAGAAAUUAAUAAUCUCAUGGGUUGGUUCAUACAUCAUAGAGUUUGCGAUUCUUCCAGCCACCUUAAACUCUUAAAUCACUCAUAUAAAUAUACGUCGGAGAUUAUCACCCUCACACGGGCUCGCAGCGGCGGACGAGGAGACAAUAUUUCCAUGAUUAAAAAUCCUGAGCCUACAACGCGCAUGGUUUCCCACACAUAUUUUUUAUAAUAACAAAUAAACCAAAAAGGAAAGCCUAAAUAUACUAAUUUCAAGACGACAUUACACAAAAGGGAUCGAGAGUAUGUACUGCGGAUUUCGAUUUACCGUUUCAGGGCUUCCGUUUCCGGUGAUUGUUUUUCCGUUAAAACGAACAAGUUGCUAAGGGCCAAUGUCAAUGUUACUAAGUGAAGUCUAGUGGUCUUUGUCCGUUGUUUUCUUAUCCGUUGCUUAUCAAUUGUGAAUGUAACUGUUAUAUUCGUAUUUAUCUCGUCAUUGGCAACAUUUUGAUAUAUAAUUUACGAAGCUUUGUGGAUCAUUUCAUGUUUUUAUUGAUAUUUUGGAAAUUGUAGCGUGUAAAAGGCCAGUAAAUAAUUUUGAAGCCUUUUAUACGCUACAAUUUCCAAAAUAUCAAUAAAAACAUGAAAUGAUCCACAAAGCUUUGUAAAUUAUAUAUCAAAAUGUUGCCAAAGACGAGAUAAACACGAAUAUAACAGUUACAUUUACAAAUGAUAAACAACGGACAAGAAAACAGCGGACAAUUACCACUAGACUUCACUUAGUAACAUCGACAUUGACCGUUAGAAACGUGUAUGUUUCAACGGGAAAACAAUUACCGGAAAUUAAAGCGCUGAAACGGUAAAUUGAAAUCCGCAGUAAAUUGCCUAUUCCUUUUUGCGUUGGAAUUACUCCGAGAAAUUAAUUGUCAAUUACUUACGAUUUUGAAGCUGUUAUACUUUCCUCUGAAUAUGUGUACAUAUAUACUGUAGGUUCAACUUUAUAACAACUGAUUUCUAUUCCUAGAUGUUACGAUACUGCGAGUCAAAGGAAGCGCAAGUUUGCAAUCUUUUGUUACGUUUUUUGUUGUUGAAGAUUCCUGCAUUUAGGGACAGAAUUCACACAUUUGUUCAAGAGGUAAGCGGCUGCAUUAUACCGUAUAUGUGGUUUCGAGUCAUGUAAGUGCCAACGUAAUCUCUAAGGGGAUGAUACUUUUAUAUCUUCUUCAAUCUUCGUAAAUCCUUUGUUUAAAUUGAUAUCAGGUUCCACCAGAUUACUGGAAACACUCAGACUGGCAUCAAAAACACCAAGCUUAUCACCAGGUACAAAUUUCAAUACAUAUACAAGGUGCUAGGAUUGUGGUAAAUGAAUAUGCCUUUCACUGCGAUUUCAAAGUUGUGAUAUGCACUAUGCAGUUGUCUCAUGAUUUUUCUUGAAAUUCAAUACUCGAAAAAGAAUUGGAUGAACAUGACCUUUUUGUCCUGGUGAUUAGAUUUGCUAAAAAAUAAAAAUCAGCGCCAUCUGACUGUGAGUUGGGAGUAGGGACGUAGCUACAUUCUCUUGGAAAAUAAAACGUGCCAUCAUGAUUUUGUAAGCUUAUCCCCCUAAGGCUUAUCCCCGAAAGCAUUACGAGGUUACGUUACGCCCCCCCAGUUAUUACUCAGUUUUGGAAGAAUUACAUCAAUAGCCGGUUCUGAUUAUUACGUAUUCUGAAUAUACAACUACCAUGAUACUUUGCGGGUAUUUUCUUCAGUACGCAAUAACACGUCCGAAAAGCAUACUGGUAGUUGUAUUCAGAAUACGCAAUAAGGGGAACCGGCUAUUGGUCCAGAAGACAAGUGUUGGGGGGACCUUCCAUUCUACCCAUGGCUACGUCCCUGGUUGGGGAAUUGCAUAGGCGAAUGGGCUUUGAUUUGCGGGGAGUGCAGAGAACAUUUCUCACCAACUGAAACUGAGACUACCUGACUUUUGAUACAUCAACCUCCCCCCCUCCCCCGUUUCCGACACCCGUUUAGCAACACAAAAAUCUUCGAAUAAAUGUGCUAAUUAGGAAAUGCUACGCUACGAUACGGUUAAAGUGGAAAACAGCCUUAUGUCAUAUUAUUUUUGUGCAAUGUAUAUUGCAACUUUCUAAUUAUCGAACGAUUGUUCUUUUCGAACUGUUCGAGGCAUUUUUCACACUCACUAACUAAAUUGGUACUUGUUCGUUUUUAGUGUAUAUAUUUCUAUUUUUAUACUGUUUAAACGUGGUGAAUGAAAUAUAUUUUUUAUUCAGGAUCCCAACUGAAAAUCACGUUUGGGAUGAGGGUUUAUAUAUUAACUACAGUGAAACACGCAAUUUGAUUGGUCAAUAGCCGUGCAGGAUCAGGCUAUCCUGCACGAGGAAUUAAAAUGCCUUCGCGGGAUUCUCAAAAUGUCAUUGUAUCACUGUAGUUAUGUAGUUAUUAAAAUCAAAUGGUUUUCCAUGCAGGAUAGCGUGAUCCACGCACUUGGGAUGUUGCUUGACUUUCGGAAAGCGUAAAAAUACACUCGCCUGCGGCUCGAGUAUUUUUACGCUUUCCGAAAGUCUCGCGACAUCCCUCGUGCAUGGAUCACCGAGUCCUGCACGGAAAACCAUUCGGUAUUCCUUUAAUCCUGGAUAAAUAUAACUUUUAUUAUUAUUAUUAUUAUUAUUACUAUGUUCCAUGACUUGUUGCUAGAUGCAUCAACAUUAUCCCGCCUUAACCCGUCCCAUCUCGGCAAAACUUUAUAACAAACGUACUUGCAGGGAGGUGAGUCCGGGAUUGGACGCACCGAGGGUGGCUGGAAGUUUCCCGAACUUACCGAGCGAAGCGAGGUGAGUUCGGGAAACUUCCAGCCACCCGAGGUGCGUCCAAUUCCGGACUCACCGAACCUGCAAGUACGUUUGGUUUUUAUCCCAUACACCGAGCCAUACACACAUUUGUAGCUCUUCGCGAUAUAUUUGUCGAUGUUUUGUGAACAUUUUCCCGGCCAAAAAAAUCACUGGGCAAGAAAAUACUUCUUUAUCUACGUCUACAUUACCUUUACUGCAUUUUUCUUUGGUUUUUCUUCAGUCUCAGUAUGUUAGUCACCGAAAAAAGUUCUUUAAAGUUUAGGUUUAUCGGCUAAAUCUUGUCCGCCAUAUUUGUUAUUGUUAUUGCAACGUAAGCAGUUUAGCGGGUGAGUUUGGGCGAAAAGCAGGUGAGUUCGGCAAAAAGCAGGUGAGCUCGACGACAAGCUCACCUGCUCUAAACCAAUCAGAAAGCCGCUUUUAACACAGGUAUGGGAUAAGAUCUAUGGCCCUAAAAAGGUCCUUAAAGUUUGGGCGAAAGCCAAUCAAAAUCGCGUAUUUUAGAGUUAACUACCUCUAUGAUUUUUACUAUCCUUUUUUAUUAGAAAUGGGGAGAAAAAUUUUACUUUGAAGGUCUUCGUGAAGCGACCAACGCCAGCUCACAUAACGUUGCAUAUCUUCCUAUUAAUUUUGGCAAUGUUUGCUUGCGAUUCCUUCCAGUAAGUCAAGUUAUUUAUAGUUCUUUUGUUAUUUUAAGGCCCAUUUACACGAUACGACUGUCAUUCUACAUAUGAAAACAAAUACUCACGUCCCUAUUGCUGACAUCUUUACACGCAUUUGGUCGAGAACAUAGCCAGGAUAAGAUCGUAUACGAAUAGUCGUAUUGUGUAAAUGGGCCAUCAGGACCAUGACUACCAUCGGUAUGCGCGCCUUAUUCAAGGACAAGCGAUGGUAAGGAAAUGUUCAGAGGUCGAUAAUUUGGGGACAGCUGCCACCGAUGUUCGAAGGCACAUAAGAAACGAAACAAGGCAGGCACACUAAAAGUUUUAGAAAGAGAAAAUAUGGAAUAAAAUGUACAAUUUAUAAUUUCUAGUCUAUUAAAGUCUUUGUUCCAGACCCGGGUUCAAUCCUUGGUUGAACCUUUUCUCAAGAUCUUAAAAUAAUUGAAGAGAAAGUGCUACUUUUUUAUUGACAUCAGUAAAUGGUUAGAUUUUCGCCUCUUCUUGGAUAAGGACGUCAAAAAUCCUGGGUACCUCGGAUCCCCUAGCUGUUGGGGAAUCUGCUCAAGAAAUAAUAACUAAACCUGGCCUGCUUGGGGGGCUGGCUCGCCCCAUACAAACAGCCCCUAUAUAAUUGAUGUAUGCUGUUGUGGUGAGCGUGCCAUUAAUAAAUAAAUAAAUUGUGAAUAUACUGCUGAAGAUGAAUCGAAAUUGAUGCGAAAUAUACAGUUUACAUAGAUUGUUUUGAGUGUUCAUGCACUCUCUUUCAGGGGUAACAUUGGUUUUAUAUUUUGGGAAACUAUAUCAGCCGGUCAAAGGAUUCCAGGACUUAUAAUAUUCCAAAGUUCACGUAAAAAUAGCGUUGUCAUUUUAUAUUUUUUUCUCAAACUGUAGGUACUUGACGUGGUAAUACAUCGGUUUAUUGAACUACCUCCAGUAAGUGCAGGUCUUGAAAGUCUUCUACACAACUUUGGUGCAUUAUAUAAAUUUCAUGGUGAGUAAAACUAUAAUACACGUUAAAUAUUGCUGUAUUGCCUCUAUAAUUUAAUUUCUUCCUUUACUACCACCAUCCAUCUUUGCCCGCGCCAGGCCUAACCCUCCUUGAAAUAAAGGAAGGAAGGAAUGAAAGAUGGCGCGACUGUAUUCAUAGCCAUAAAUUACGUCGACGUUUUUCCAUUCUAAUGUAUUUGUCUCGAGCAAAAUCGGUUUACCCGUCAAGAAUGGUCAUGUAUAACUCAUAAAAAACCCCCAUAAAAUUGUCAAACAGUUUAAAUGCGCGAUGAAAUACGGCAAAAAAACGAUCGUAUUUAGCCCAAAUAUACCCGCGUCUUCAUCUCUGCAAAAACGGCAAAUCGUUAAGAAACUCAAACCUGAUUGGAAAACGAACUAAGCCACUCCCAGCGGAUAAAAUAUUUGAGUAUGUUGUUGGACAACGAAUUAAUAAAUAAAUAAAUAAUUGCAUACAAAAUGCUCCUGAAUGCGCAUGAAUUAAAGUGGGUAAGAGUUACGCCAACAUGUCAUUCACGGCGACAACUAGUUUUGAGACAAUAUUUUCAAAUAUUAACAGGCGACGUUCUUGGGUGUAUGAAACAAUUUUCAUCUUGAUUUCUGGUGUAUGAAACAAUGAUGCAUCAAACAAUUUUCAUUUUGACUUCUUUGAACGACGACCUUUUCUUCCCUCUUGAGAUUCUGCUCGUGUUGUGAAUGUAUAUAAUUCUGGUAAAUAUAACCCCCCCCCCUCCCCACCCCACCCUCCCUAGGCAAAGUCCUGGCAACGGCCCUGGCUGCUUGCAGCAAAUACCACAACAAUCACGCAGAACUAAACGCAAUAUCAUUUGACACUCCAUUCAGUGAGAUUGUCGGAACCAACACAGGACACAGUGUCCAAUCUAUAGUGGAAGAGCAAUUCCCACCUAAUCGCAAGCUUCACAAAAUGUUUAACUGAUACACAAUUCAGGUCAGUUAUACUGUUAUAGUUCCAUGAACAAUGUCAAAGCUUGGUCUGGCCACUACUGUUGUAGUGGCCAGACCAAGCGCCUUUCACCUCUGAGUUCGUGGGUUCGAUUCCCGCAGGGACUCAUGCGUAAAGAGUCAGUCAACGCUCUGCCAAUCUCAUUCCCAGAGUAUGCCUGUUCGCGGGUUAUGUACAUACGCUCUGCCGAAAGUUGUGGGUUUUCUCUGGGUGCUCCGGUUUCCCCCCAUGCACAGGGAGAGUUGACAGGACGAGUUAGCACAAUUGUUGUAAAGAUAAAACAAUCUAGUAAUUAGGUAAGCGUAAUCCUUGACGUGAAGCGCAUUUGAUCAUAUCCACAUGUAAUUUGCGCUAUAGAAAUGGUAAUCGCCAACGAUAAUGCACACAUAGUUUGGAAAAACCAGCGUCACGAAACGUCACGACCUUUAGAUCUCUAUUCUGUGACACAGCAAAGACGCAAGCAGUUGCAACUGUAUGAAUUUCGGUGCUACGUUAUUGGACGGCAUAGGAACAUAUAUGUCCACUUCAAGAAAAAUGUGUAAAUACUACACACGUAAAAAUCUCACAACUUGUCAACAAGAUGUGUUCGUAACAGGCUUGUAGCAAGCUUGUCAACAAGUUGUAACAAUGCUGUUAUUUUAUCAAGUUGCUACAAGCUUGUCACUCACAACUUGUUGACAAAUUGUUGAAUUGCAGGACGAUAACAAGUUGUUGGAACAACUUGUGACAAGUCUGUUGAGCUCAACAACCUUGUAGCAAGUUGCGAACAAGCCGUUGAAAACUUGUCAACAAGCUGGGAACAAGCAGUGCGAACACAUCCUGUUGACAAGUUGUUGGAACAGCAUUGCUACAAGUCUGCUGCAGGUUUGUUACAACUUGUGCGUUUUUACGUGUGUACUCAAUGGUUUACGGGUUACCGUUAAUUUUGUGUGCUGUAUGCGUAUCAAUCUUGCGAUAAUUGCUUCUGUAGACAAAUUUAUAUCAAUAGCAAGGCCACACUGUAAGUUUCAAAGAGUUGAAUCAAUUCCAAAAGUGUUCUUGGAAAAUCCUCUAAGAGGAAAAUCAGAUACCGAUGCGUCAACAGAUGUAAGUAAGACGUGACACGUGACAGAAGUAAGACGUGACAAACACUUCAUUAUUUAUGGUUUUAUUAUUACAUCUCGGCAUAAAAUCUGCAUGUAAACUGAUCUUUUCAAUAAUGCAUGUGUAUAUUCUGAGCUAUAUUUAUCAGUUAUAGACCCGGAACGAGGGAGAGAGAUGAAAUAUAUGCUCAGGGUAUUUUUUGGGCGAGUGAAAGGUCUAGAAAUGAUAUAUUAAACCGAACCUUGUAAGGCUUUUUUUAAUUGAACAAGAUACCAGGAAACAAAUAGCAUUCAUUUAUUAUAUUUUAAAUAUUUACUAAGUUUUAAUUUGUAAACACAAGUUUUGUUAAUUACGGGAACCACUCAGUAUUAAAAGAAAAUACAAAAUAACAGUAACUCCGAAUAACAUUUUGAUUUUUAAUCGACGUUUCGACUAGUUUGUAGUCAUCUUCAGGAUUAAUAAUCCUGAGGAUGACUACAAACUAGUCGAAACGUCGAUUAAAAAUCAAAAUGUUAUCGGAGAAACUGUUAUUUUGUAAGUUUUGUUAAAUUUCAUUAUUAUAAUUAACAGGAAAUACUUUGAAUUUACCGCGUUCUUGCUGCCAAAUAACCUCCUAGAUUCAUUAUUUUUAAUUCCUGUUUAUCCUAUUAAAGCCAAUUUCCACUCAGUGCAAAAUGUCGCGAGAUCAACCUUUUGCGAUAACUUUCUUUUGAAAUGUGUUCAGUCAACCACAUCCGUUGCGUUUGAUUGCUUGUAUUUCUAAAGAAAGUGAUCGCAAAAUGUCGACCCCGUUUCUAUGCGCACAUGUACUAGAUAAAACAUGAGCAGCCGGUCUUUAUCUGAUAUACAAACUCGAGCCGAAGGCGAGAGUUUGUAUAUUAGAUAAAGAUCGGAUGCGAUCGGUGCUUAAAAAACGAUCGGUGCUUAAAAAACGACCCAUCUUAUGAGUUCAUUGGCGAAGUAAUUUUAAAAAUAAACAGGGUCUAACCCGAGAAAAUCAAAGCUGAAGUUUAUGUAAAUCAUGACAAAUCUUUGUCCGAUUUACAAACAUUAAUUAAACUUUCAUUUCUUUUGUAUUUUCCUCGUGAAUUAUUAAUGCAUUUUUUAAAUCAUGAUAUUGAUAUGAUAAUGUUCACUCUUCUAGAUCGUCCAAUCACGUACCUGUACAACACGCUGUACUACUACAAUCAUAUGUUGAAUCAAAGACAGGCUUCAAGAAAGAAACUGGUCAGCGUCGUAAUUGGUUAGUAAAGUUAAGCUGUUUUAGUCGGCUACAGAUAAACCAAUAAAAACAACUCGCAUAUAUACUUCGAAAUAUAAUAUAGAACUUUAUUUGCUUGCACAAUUUUCAGGCAAUGUUUUGUCAACCGCAUGUGUAUAAUGUAUAAUAUACGCCGAAGAUACAAUGGAUGAAAGCAAGUGAAUCAGUUCAUUACGAAACUCCGUAAACGGUACAAAUAACACACUGGUAGUUGAGCGCGAUUGAAUAUAAAUGAAAAACUCACCGUAUUUAUUCUGUAUUUUGUCAAUUUCUGCUUUAUUCUGUGGCCACAGCCCACGAGAAACAGAACACGAGGAAAAGGAAUUCUAAACCGGUCUGACGUUUUUUAUAUUUAUUAAGCGCGCAAAGCAGGUUGGAGGAUUAUAAGACAAUAUAAUGCUAAUGAGGAGCUACGCAGUGCACGUGAGUAAAAAACGCCCACAUGCAACUAUAUAUAACAAACUGAUAAACUAAUAUGCAAAUAAUAAUAUUGCGAUCAGAAAAACGGGGAGGAAGAAAUUGACUUUAAUCAGAAGUUCACCUUGCGCUACCAAAGCGAAGAGCAGAAUGAACCAGAUUUGCAUUCUGCUAUGAAAAUAUCACCACUCACACCCGUUUUCCAUGUUCUAGCUGGUACACGAAUUGAAAGUAAAAUACACGCCGUGCCUCCACAAAACACAUAAUUUAGUUUUUAAACAUGAGAAACUUCACGAAAUAAAGUAUGAAAAAAAAACAACUCCAUAUUAAAAAGUUUCAGAAAACAAGAAGGGGAAAAUUUCAUCAGUAAUAUUUUGAAUUUGUUACAAAUUUAUUGCAUUAAACGUUUUUAUAUUUUAGGCGCUUUUGCAAACAUUCGUCCUCCCAAUUGGUAAGUUGUAACAGUCUAAUUUUACGUACUUUGUCCUGCAUUACCUAUCAGUUCUGAUAUGAGGCCAUUCAUACGAGAGUGCAAUGUCUACGAUGAGUACGAUGUCUCGGAAGACGAAAUUUUGUGUACAACUCACGCAGGAAUUUUUGGGGUGAUCAAAAUCCAGAAUGGACUUUUCAACAUAUUGUGCGGUAAAAAAUGCCUCAUGAUGAGACAAGUAAACACCCAUUUUUGCACUUCUAACUCCCUGAUAUCCCAUACCUAACAAAAAGAUAUUGGACACUUCAAUUUUUUGCAUCUUUUACUGUUCAUUCAAGGUGUUUGUCAAAUGUGUUUUUGGAGAAUUUGAAUACUGAUAGUGAAUGGAAACCAAACCUAGAAUACUAUUGUGGAAUGGUGGGAAGGCUAGUUGACAGUAUCCUUUUGCUACGACAAUAGUUAUGCACGUCAUUUAAGCCUUUUGCCAAUCGGGUUCCUUUAAUAUGUCAUUCAUCAUACACGGCAUUUUGUUAUUGUGAUUUUUCUACACCGAAAGUCGUGUUGAUUAAACAGUGCAGUACGAGAGAUAUUUACAAUCACUGUAAUAAAUAUCCGAGUGCAUGAUAUAUCUUCUCACGUGAUCCAGUAUUUGAAGAGAAUCCAACACGAUAGUUGCAUUUGGCGGCUUUCACCAAGAAGUCACGUGAUCGUAAUUUGUUUAAAAGUAUGUGUGCAUUUAUAGUACGAGAUAGCCAUAGUCUAAAUGCCUUGUGUGCUUUUAUUCAUUUAAUUUUAUCGUAAGAAACUUUUAAAUGGGGUUUAUACUUUUCCAUGCGUGUACGUACGUAUGAAAAACGCUUGGUAUAACCGAUCACGUGACUAAUAUAAACGUUUUAGUAACAUUUAUACCUAAGACUUUGAAAGGCCGAUAUACAUUUUAUCCUUAGCAAUAUAUAGCAAUUUCUGGCAAUUCGCCUUUCCCCGCUUUUGAUUGGCGUUUUCAUGAAUUCCCAAGUCCAUCAGCGCAUGCGCUGUACGCUACAUGUGUAGAGCUAAUGUCUCUUCCUGUAAAUGACAAAGACAUUGGUAAAGCUUUGUUCUCAAUUUUAUAUCAAUGGUAAGUAUACUUGAGAUGCCUCGAUACACUGAAGGAAUAUGUUACCACAUGUUACCCAGCCACUCGUUAGCAUUUGAUAUAUAUUUUGCUUCAGCAGUCAAUCGUAUAUAUAUUCGAUCGACUUAUUAAUUAUUAUGCCAUACCAUUGCGCGUGAUGCAUGGCACCGGAUUUAAACACCAUGAUGUUCAUAGUAAAAAUUUGCUUUGUGAACAUAAGCAUAUCUCAAUCCAGAUUUCAAGAUGCAUAUUUACCAAGAUGCAUGUCCUAAUUCUGAAGAAAUGUGUGCUAGUCGUUCCCCAGUUGAAUCUGCUCACCUGAAUUAUGUGACCGUUUUGAAGUACAUCAAGUCAUUCAGCGUAUUUUAGUCGCUAACAUUGUUAAAAUAUUUUUUAGUGCCGAAACGAGUCGAGGUUUUGAAAUCUUGAACAAUUCCAGGACUUGGAUAAAUGCCAUUGCUUUAAUACUUUCUUCGUUGCCUGUAAGUAUAUCGUAUGGUACUAUUUGUAAUAGCGUUCAUUUCUGAACAGGAAAGGCAUGGACAGGAGCAGGGCAUUGCAGAUGGAAACUGCAGAUGGAAACCAUCGAGUGGAAACUAACAUAUAUUCAUCAGAUCCAAUCAGAAACAGAAGCGAAAAUGCAACUCUAAGUCCCCGCAGGAAUCGGCCGUGCGACUCCAGCGCAGCGCCCCCAACCAACCAACCCAACCACAGAGGUCAGUCGUCGAGAUCUAACCACCUAGAGUUGCAUUUUUCGCUUCUGUUCCUGGUUGGGUCUGAUGAAUGGGUGUAAGUUUCCACUUUCUAUUUACAAUUAUUUUUAUGUACUUUCUAGGAAUCCUACUGCAAAGUAGUACCGCAGCUGAUCUCAGAAGCAUUAACCAAUGAUCUUGCAGUAAAAGAUGUUACUCCAAUAACGGCUACUUUAAUGCCAGAAAACAUGGUGACGCCAUCAUCGUUUUCGUAUUCAUUCUAUAGUUUCCAGUCGAACGCAGCCGCCUGUUCUCUCACGCUGCCUGACUUAGUUGUGGCUUUCGCAAAUGCAGUUUGGUAUCAUUCUAGUUUGGGACAUCUCUCGCUUAUACCUGGGUAAGCUGAAAUUUUGUUAUCUGGUGAAGUAUAUUGAUCCUGUCCUAGACUGGAUCAAAAUUAAUUCACCUAACUUUAAGUAGUCAUUUAUUCGUAUUGUCAUGUCAGAUUCAUCAAAUCCUCCAAUUCGGACUGGACCACUGAUCUAGAAAUACUUAACCGAACUGGACUAGAUGACAGUCAAGUCCUCGCAUUUUGAUCACUCCCCGGCUUCAACUCGGAUUUGAUCAAAUUGUGCGGACUUGAAAUCUAGUCCAAUCCUCAUAGUCGGAUUUGAAAUAUUGUACAACUUACUAACCGAGAGUGAGGGCUGUACAAGAAAUCUUCCUGUACAGCCUGAACACUCGAAGUUAGUAAUUUUAUUAUUAUUUAUUAUAUGGACAAUGGUGUUACUGGAAACUAAAACACUCGCAGAACUCAUAUGCCACUGCAUCUGGGACCAGAUGCGGGUCUUUUCGUAUUUCACGCUUGCGAGUGACAUACGAAAAUUUCCCGCCGUUUUCAUUGUUGUUGUUUUGAGAAUACAAAUGGUCUUUGGUUCGUAUAUAGAACGAAUUUAACGUUGGAAAUAAAACGAAAACAUUUAAAAGUUUGAUAUUGCCCGUGGAAAUACGAGAAAAUCCUGCACGCCACCAGCCAAUCAAAUUGCGCGAUUGUCAAAAACAAAUUUUACACACUUACAAAAAACACACAUACGUACAAUAUAAUUUAAAGGUUUAGUUUGCUUUUGUACUGUAUAUUGCUGGAGAAAUUUGAAAAUAUUUUGAUUUUCAGAAAUAUUCAAUGUCACAGAACCAAACAUAAAAUAGGUACUUUUUGAAAAUCUGACAACAGAUGUUUAUAUAUAGUCAUCACAAAAAACGUGUGCAGCACUCGCGAGUGCUGACCAUGACCUACUGGCAUGCAUGAAUAUUCUAAUUUAGUCAUGCUUCUUGAAAAUAAUUAACGGUAUGUGGUGUCAGUAUAUAUCACAUGCCGAAUGCGUCUCGCUGCCGUUUCUUCUAGGAAAAUUCAUAGUACAUCUAAUGACGAUUGUAUAAGUCUAAUUCUUCUCUUUGGAAGAACGGCAACUUUUCUGCCAUCAUGCCAAUCUCGUACCCAGAGUAUGCAUGUUUCAUCAGUAUCUUUUAGCUCUUUUUAGACACGGCCUAGUACUAAACUAUCGUGACGCUCUAAAAACUUAUAUGACACAGAGGAUUGGAGAACUUGGAAGUCUGCAGAUGACAAAUCGUCAUGCGAAAAUGCAGUUUUGUAGGCCAAAAAGUAGCGUCCUACAAUUUCAUGGAAAUAUUUGUAGGCCAACUUUUCAGUCAGCUCUAAACACUCUGAAUCCCUUGCCGAAUGGCUGUUCAGAGAAAUUUCUCGACAGAGAAAGAAACAUGCACAAACACCAAACAGUCGAAAAUAUCUCGAAAUUCAAAACUAAAAUUCAAGAUUUUGUAGGUCAAAAGUGUAGUCCGUUGAGGUCGAAACUAGCAUGGCCCUACAAUGUUUGAAAUUAAUUGUAGGCCAGAAAGAUUAAUUCACACCCUGCAUGAUAACUAUAAUGAUUUGGUUUAUUUGAUGGCUAUACUGUAUGAUGUGUUCUAUAUAAAAGCUAUUCAUAUAUAUGUAUACGAAAGCUAAUGGAAAAUCUCAUUCUAUAUAUGCAUACCAAAUAAAAUUUCUUUCUCCUGAUUAUUUUUUGUAUCGUCUGUUUUAGGUUACUCAGGGAUACUUUCAAACCUUUGAUCCAAAAUGAGGCACAAUUUUUGUUUGCUUGCCGUUUGUUAGGGCCAUUUCUAUUUCGCUUUUAUUCAGAGAAACCAAGAUGUCUACUCGAGGUAGGUCAAUGCAGCGUUUGGAAAUGUAAUGAAUGUUAGAAUGUGCACACUAAACGUGUUUCAGCUUACAAAAAGUCCGGAUAUGGCACUUACUCCAUCUCAUAUUGAAUAUACAGUCUUUGAAGGUCUUUCUCUGACGAUAUUUCAGCAUGCAGAUAUGCUGAAGAGAAAAAACGAUUUCUAUAAUUCUAUAGCAGAAGGCGUGACCGGCGAGGUAAAAAAAGUGAAAAGUGGCCGGUGAACAGGCAUUUCUGGCUGUUCAAUUAUUUUUGCUUCACUCUCAUGGCUAAGAAUAAUUUAACACAACAGUUUAUGAUCAAUUCAAACCCAUCAUGAAACAAAUUAAAUCAUGAUACAUAGUUAUUCGAAAGCUUACAUAAAUCACUACCAGUAUCUUUCUUACUGAAGUCAUAAUUAGCUUGAACAGCGUCAAAAUCUAUGAAUUUCGAUGGGGGAACUGGAUUCAUAGAUGUACUUGUUGUCGUUCCAUAUAUGCCAUUGUUAAAACUAGAAAGAAAAAAUAUUUAAACAUAUUCUAAAAUGUUAGAAGAAGUGCUUCAGCCAGGACUCGAACCCACGAGAUCGUACACCACACACACACACGGAUUGCAUCCGCAAAAAAUACAUUUUAUAUUAGUGAUGUUUAUAAAUAUCCGACAGGGUUGGCAAAGACCGUUUAUGAAAGGGAAAAUUGCCCAACCUCCACCAGAGAACCGGAGGCAAUUUUAAAUCGCAGCCGUAUUGCGACAUCAGAUCAUCCCUGAUGAAGGCACUAGGACCUGGAGUGUUUAGACGUUGGGCCGUGAAUGCAAUUCAUCUGGGCUUUGCAUUCAUUUACUUAAAAUUAAUUUUUUGCAUAAAAGAAAACAAUAAUUUGUAUCUGUAAUUUUUUUAUAGAUUGCCAAAGAGCUAUAUGCCAUACUGGAUGUUGUUGACAAGAAAUGUCCUCAUCUUUAUCACAUUGAUACGAUAUGUGAUUUUUUGUAUCCUUUAAUAACUAGCAUUUUAUGUGUUUUCAAGAGAGUAUUUCCUAAUUUUAAACAAUCAAAUGCUAAACAUCAGUUUCUUAGACGCAUCUCUUAGUUGUAAUGUCGAUAGUUAACAUACUCGUAUUACAUAACUCUACGAGUUAAUAACUAACUGUGGGUAGUUGAUAUCCCUGGACGGCAAUACGAUUUUACUUUCCAGUGGAAAAGCUGUUGGGUGAGAAAGAGUUACUUUGUAAUUAAAAAUAAACAAUAUUUUAAUUGACAGCUUGCAUGUUAGACUAAAUUUUAAUAUAAGGGACUGGUUAUAAUUUAGCAGGAGGGGUGGGGAGGUGGAAAUAGUGGGGGGUCACAUAUUUUUUAGCCAGGAAAAAGGGGGGGUUCAUAAAAUAUUAGACAGUUUAUGAAGGCGGGGAGGGGGUCUGCUGUUUUUGUUCAAUUAAUUGUUUUAUACAUGCCUUCUCACAUUUUGUUUGAGUUGCAUUGAAAAAAAUUGAUUCUUUAAACUUAGAAUGAAAAGUUUGAAAAAGUUUUAUAUAUGACUAUGUAUUGGUAUAAUAAAUUUUAGUAUUUGAUUUAAAGCGCAAAUAGAAAAUUAGAAAAUUUAAAGUGCAAUUAGUAAAUUUAUUGAAUGCAGAGUUUAGUAGUAGGUAGGUCCAUUUUUACUGACACGAGCAAGAGAGAGGGGGGGGGGCAUUAUUUUUCCGGGUUAUGGCAAAACAGGGUCACAAAAUAUCAUUCCUUAAAAUUUUGAAUUACACCUCCCCACCCCCACCCCCCCCCUCUGAUAAAUUAUGACCAGUCCCUAUGUAGAGAGAAAAAAAUCAGCUAAAAAAAACACAACAGCUAAAAAGAACAUGAGAUUAGUAAAAUUGCAAAAUUUGGUUGCGAUUGUAAAGCUUGGAAAUGUUUGUAUACAUUUUCGACUCAAAAAUGGUAACAAUUUCCGCACGUAAUACAAACAUAUACAAAAUUUGCAAACUUCGCAAGGUUAUAUUUUCCGUAUUUUACAACAUUUCGUAAACAAAUUUUGCAAUUUUAUACUAAUUUUAAUAAGUUCUUUAUGGGAAUUUACUUUUUUUUGCCUAGAUCAAAAUUCUAACAUGCAAGUUGUCUAUUGGCAGUGACAAAAGAGUUUUUGAAUUUGAAAAGUUCAGUUGAUUACCUUAACUAUCAAAAAAGCUAUCAUAUAAAGUACAUGUUUGUUGGCGACUCUAUUAAACAAGACAUACAACAUUAUAUCGCCAGUCUACGUCCAGUGCUUCGAAACCGUAUGCAGUUCAUUGCACAUGUUGGCCAUGCUCGCGAAGAUACUGCAUCCGUUUCAACGUAACACAGACUUGAUGGACGAAAUGACAUACCGGUAUUAUGUCGAGCGGAUGCUUGCACUCUGGAUAUAACUGGAUUAGUUAUGCAAAAUUUGGAGUCCAAUUGGUUGCAUCUGUCGUGAUUAUGUCGUAUUAUAGCUUGUCUUGUAUUCAAAUUAGUCCUGUAUCAUUGGAGAUAUGUUUCGACAUACUCUAUUACAUCUGCCACCUUUACGUUGUCGCAAAAAGUGGUGUAACUUUGGGCUAUAGGGGACCCAGGCGUGCGUGGUGGCCAUUUAAGCCUAACUUCGUCCCCAGGCUUCUUCCUCCGCUGGUUACGUGUCCCAUGGAAAAUUGAUUGCCUAUGGGUGAGGGAAAAGAAUGGACAUUCAAUGUCUAUUUGGCUAGUGUCCAAACGUUUGCUGAGUUUAAAGACCUUAAAGACGGCUACGACAGUCGCUGCUGAGACCCAGCGCUCCAUUUGCCCUAUUCAAAUUAAUAAGUAAAUCAAUACAAAGUUUAUACCGUUUCGAAAUAACGGCAAUAGACCUUAUGCAUAGUGACGUCACAAGGCUGGAUGUCCGCGAGGAAUGCUGGUCUUAGUAGUCAUCGCCCAGGAAAAUUAAACAAUUCAAAAUGGCCGCUAUCGAAAUUUUCCUGGGCGAUGACUACUAAGACCAGCAUUACUCGCGGGCAUCAAGCCUUGUGACGUCAUUAUACAUAAGGUCUAUUCAGGGGAAGCCUCACAGUGCCUCGGAAGGUCGUCUCCAAUUGGAUGGGGGUUUUCGAACGAAGCAAUGUCAUUGUUCUGAACACAAAAGCAAUUGUCAAAUCUAGCCAAUGAAAAUAGACUCCUAGCCCUCUUCUUCCUUAAUAUUAGAAUUUUCAUGUAAAUAAAUAAAUAUUAUUGGGCAAAAUCAAAUAAAUAAAUAAAAUCACUCUUCCGAGCUACUGCGAGGCUACCCGAAAUAGGGCCCCUUGUUCUACUUUUCUUUGGGGUGUCCCCCCCCCCAGUAGUUACAGAGUCCUGUAACCUAGCAAGUGUUGCCAUUGGCAAGACAUUUGUGUGAAAUGCUACUUCAUUUCUUAAUAGCAACAGCUUCAGAAGGCUUAGAUUAAUUCGUUGUGUAUUAUAACAUGAUCUUUUAUAGUAUAGUGAGCUGGUUGACCAGCUUAAUUUUGACCUUUAGUGUGACUUCAUCGUGUGAGACUCCCAGUGCUAAGAUAUCAACUUGCCCAAGCUGGGCCAGUCCAUUUGACCAGCCAUGGUUCAUAUAAAUGCUAUCUUAAAAAUAUAUAAAACAAGACCCUGCAUCUAGCAGGAUUAACUUGUGACAAUGUCAUGCAGUGAUAUUUUGUACAGAAACAAGGCAGCACACAGGCGUGUAAGUAUGUUGUAACUGCUGAAUGAAAUUUGUUUUGUAAUAACCUAUUACUUGCAAUGCAAUCUUACAACACGGGCUUUU